AUGACUCAUCACCGCGGCCGCAGUGCCGUCAUGGCCGAAACCAAAAACAAAGGACCUUUCACCGAAUAUUCAAAGUCCCGCAGAAUUGAAGGCGACAAUCGCGCCCUAGAAACGUCACACCACUUCAUCAUCCUAUCUUCCCAACUCCUGACGUCACUUCACCCCUGCCGCAUGCCCUUGAAGAACCAACGCUCCGACAGCCCCUCGCUCGUCGAACACUGA